UAGCUUUUGGAGCCCAUCUUUAAUAACAGGGUCGUAUCGAGACAGAAGACAAUUGCAAUAACUGUUAUUUUUCUGUAUUUUGUUAUCCGUAAUCUUUCCUCUUGAAGCACCCAGAGGGAACGCAGCACAUGUUUAACAAACACAGUAUGACAGUGAGCUAACACCUGAAAAACAUAGAUGACACACCCAGUGGCUUAAGCCAGACAUCUUUAACACCUUAGAAUUACAGCUGAUGCUCAUUCAGGCUCUGGUCGGCUCCCGUUGUUUCUCUUAGGCUUGAUGUUUUUUUUUUCUUUUUACCGGCCUGUGAAACAUAACAACAUAUCAAAGGAAAAUGGUCGGGAAGUCCCUGAUUGCUGGUGUGGUGGUCCUUCUGGUGGCCACCGUGAGCCUGUUCUUGGGGGUCUUCAUGGGCUUAGGGAGGAAAAACGCGCCUCCCCCCUCAGACUACUUCUACUCAAAGGCCGCCGUGGCUGCUGAUGCAGGAAAGUGCUCAGAAGUGGGGAGGGACAUUUUGAAGAGAAAUGGCUCAGCUGUGGACGCUUCCAUCGCCGCCCUGCUAUGUGUCGGCCUUUUGAAUGCCCACAGCAUGGGCAUCGGGGGAGGGCUCUACUUUAUAAUAUAUAAUGCUUCCACAGGGAUGGUGGAAACAAUAGAUGCGAGGGAGACAGCGCCCAUGAACGCCACUGAAGACAUGUUUGGCAACAACACCAAACUCUCUCGCACAGGUGGAUUAUCUGUAGCGAUACCAGGAGAGAUCCGAGGUUACGAGAUGGCACACAAACGGCAUGGCAGGCUUCCCUGGAAGGAGCUGUUUGAGCCCAGCAUUGCUCUGGCCCGUGACGGUUUCCCCAUCGGGAAGGCUCUGGCUCACGCCAUCUUUAAGAGCAAAGAAUCCAUUCAAGGAGACGCCAACAUGUGUGAGGUGUUCUGUGAUUCUGAAAAGAGAAUCCUGAAAGAAAAUGAUAUUGUUAAAUUCCCAAAGCUGGCUGAGACGUAUCAGAGGAUAGCGGACGAGGGACCUGAUGUAUUUUAUAACGGGACCAUGGCACAAAGCAUCGUCGAGGACAUCCAGGCGGCAGGUGGCAUCAUCACGCUCGAUGACUUGCUGGAGUACCAGCCUGUGCUGAACGAGAACCCUCUGAAGCUGAACGUCGGGGAAUACACCAUCCAUGUUCCAGACGCCCCCUCCAGCGGGCCAGUGCUGGCGCUCAUUCUCAACAUAGUGGAUGGGUACAACUUCACGGACACAAGUGUCUCAACAGCCGAGAAAAAAACUCUGACCUACCAUCGCAUCGUCGAGGCUUUUCGCUUCGCCUACGCCAAGAGAAGCAGACUGGGCGACCCGCGGUACCUCAACAUUACUGACCUGAUAAACAACAUGACCUCAGACUACUUUGCUGACGGCAUACGGAGUAAAAUUACGGAUGACACAACCCACCCGGAUAACUACUAUGAGCCUGAGUAUUUUGUUCCAGAAAACCACGGCACAGCUCACCUGUCUGUCAUAGCCGAGGACGGGAGUGCCGUCGCUGCCACCAGCACCAUUAAUCUAUACUUUGGGUCUAAAGUCAUGUCUCGGUCCACGGGAAUCAUUUUCAACGAUGAAAUGGACGACUUCAGCUCUCCGUACAUGACCAAUGGAUUUGGGAUCCCGCCGUCGCCCAACAACUUCAUACAGCCAGGUAAAAGACCUCUGUCCUCAAUGUGCCCAACAAUCAUCUUUGACAAAGACAACAGAGUGAAGAUGGUUGUAGGAGCAUCUGGAGGCACAAAAAUCACCACGGCUACUGCUCUGGUUAUCCUCAACUCCCUUUUCUUCAACUAUGACCUAAAGAAAGCAGUGAUGGAGCCGCGAGUUCAUAAUCAGCUCAACCCCAACAUGACGGUGGUGGAGCAGGGCUUCGAAAAGAGCGUCCUGGAGGGGCUGGAACAGAAGAACCAUGUGACCCAAACACUGAGAACUCCAGACUCCGUGGUCCAAGCCGUGGUUCGGCAGGGAGAGCGUCUCUGCGCGGAGUCCGACCCCCGGAAAGGAGGCUAUCCAGCCGGAUACUGAGCCUGUCCGGUUUCCCUCAGUGAUCAGUUUCCACAUAAACUCUGACAGAAACAGAAAACUUACGGAAACUGCACCGAGGAUUGAAGCUAUGUCUACACUAGAGACGCCUCUCCUCCGCUGCCGAAACAUGGGAACUGACUCAAUCCUACCACCUGAUUUUCGGCAAAACUUCUUAUAUAAAUUAUUAUUUUUUUGUGUUUUAAAGUAAGAUGUCGUGGCUAGCAUAACUCUAGGAUGCUGGUCAGGAAAAUAAAUUUUAGGGAUUUAAGCAGAAGCCAAAGGUUCCAACUGGAUCUAUUUUCAGCCGGACAAUCACUCAUGUAACAACGCAGCUAUAUUUCCAACGAACGCCUGACGAAACCAUGUCAACUUUUGGUAAGUUGUCAUUGCGGCGUUUUGACCUGUUUUGUAAUAAUAAUAAUAAAAAGUAAUUAUACUGUAACUUAUGACACAUUGUCUGGAAAAGAGGACUACAGGUAAACUCUGCAGCGCUAGCAGGUCUGAUAAGUCCAGCGCGAGGACGUCUCAGGUGGUUCCGCCUUGAACCAAACCGGAAGCUCCACGUGUUGUUUUAACUCGACAGUGAAGCUGUUAUUUCUUCAUGUUUAAUAUCGUUAAGAGGUUAAGUGAAUGUAUAGCAUCUUCCGAAAUAAGAAAACAUUUGCAGAUAUAUUUUUCUAAACAUGCAUUGUUCCUAUGCUAUGUUUUGUUGCCAUGCUUGUUAUUAAAACAUUGAGAAACAGAAAUAUGUAUCUCCUGUGAGAACUGAAGGAAAACGGAAACUGCAUUUCACACUGAAGGCAUCAUUAUGGGACAGAGAGGUUUGAGACAUUAACGUUUCCAAAAAGGUUUACAGGGCCUCCAUGAAGUUUCCAUACAAAAUUUCUAUGCUCUUCAGUUUUAAUGUUAUUAUAGACAUUUUCCAAAUUGGGUUUUAUAUUUAUUUAAACUCCAAGUCAAAUAAU